ACUGGGUAGAUAGAAUUCGGCAUUUCAGUGUUGAAAAGGAACAAGUGCAUAGAGCAUGAAAAUCACUGAUCCAAGGCCAGAAAUGGUGAUAUAGAAAGAUACAAGGGUGUGUUCCUGUUAAACAAGGAUGGAUCACCCUAAACGAGAUAGUCGCAAACCUAGCGACGACCUGCGAUCCUCGAAAAGUGUAAGUCCAGAUGACGUUUUUGCAGACUGGGCAGAACCUAUUGUUGCUUGCGUAAGAAAUUUCAAAGGUGGCACACUGAUUGUGAACAGCGCACCUUUUAGAGACGCCCUCUUAGAGGCCGAAAGAAAUUGGGUAGAAACAAACAUAGACUACAAGACAGAAGAGGAAAAGCCACAGAACAUAAAGAAAGGGGACCAAUCAAGACAAGAACUUAUUUCUGAGUUAAAAUCAGAAAUAGAAAGGCUAAGGUUGGCAAACCUUGACCUAGAAAGAGAGAGGAGUGCUAAAGUUCUCCCAGUACUCCAUCCGAUCGAGGUCACUACUGCUAGACCCGAAAAUGUUGCUGAAUUGUUAUCAGAAAUAUACAAAAUAGAGUGGCAGCCUGCCUUUGAAUUCUUCAUUUACAAGAAAAAACUCAGAGAAAGAGAGGCAACGGAGGAACUGCUUACAAUUCUGAAGGAUUGUUUCGAGUUUUGUGAGAGCCUGUCUAGCGAACAUCUUAGAGAUCUAAUGGACACCUUGUUUGUUCCUACUUCAAACCAAAAUAUACUGAAAAAGAUUCGUAUACCAAAGUCUACGGAACAAAUUGACCAACAAGUAUCGUUAGAACUCUCUAGACUCAGGAGAUCAGUGAACCCUCAGAUAGCUCCAAUAAUUGAACAGAUGUUUUUCUUAACGGAAAAACCUCAUCUGAAGGCUCAUUUAAAGGCAGUCGAAGUUCAUCCUUUCAUCAAACUUUGUCUUAAGUGUGCGUGGAUUUCCACCAUCCAGGACAGACCAUUAUCAGUGACUUUCAAAAUGAAGCCAGGUUCGCCAUUUUAUCCGGACGUUAUGAUUUCUCGCAAUGCUCCAGCCCCAAAUGUGGAUUAUUUAGUGUGGCCCAUUGUGUUCUUGUACGACAAAGGUCCUCUCUUAUUGAAAGGGAUCGUCCAUUGCUCUCUUAUUGAAAGGGAUCGUCCAUUGCUCUCAAUUAAGAUGAAAUAA